UAUUACCGAAUCAUUCUGCUCCCGCAUGGCUUGAGCUGGUCUGUGCACGCGCACCCCGCCUCUAACCUCACUUCAUCACAAGAUGGAGCUCAACGUCGCUCUUCUUGCUCUCAUAAGCGGAGGGCUUGGCUUCAGCACCGUUCUGGUCCUCGCGCAGUCCUUUUGCCCCUCUCAGGCGUUGCAGGAGCUUGACCAGACGCUCUCCGAUGAUGGAGAGGGCUUUGGAGGCUGGAUUCAUGGCUGGCGGUGGUCGGAACUGCAGACGCAGCUGGAGAAAUCCGAGGAAUAUGCAAAUGACCUCCGCAACAAGAUAUAUGGACUACACUCGUGGUGGCAGGAGCUGAAGGCCGUGCGCUAUGGGCUGUUGUGCCAGAUACGAUGACGAUUUCGCGAAGUAUAUUCAUCGAGAUCAAUCGAGCUCGACGGAGGACCGCUUCUCAGCGCAAUGUGCGGAGGUACAGUACCCAGGAGUCGUUGAGUCGUCGCAUUCCGGCGGGGACGCUGCGCCUCGGUCGAUCCCUGCAAGCCUAGAACCCGCGGCUGCCACAGCCACAGGCUACGACCUCGAGACGCCCCUGCUCAGUUGCGCGGCUCCGAAACCGACAUGACCUCGAAGGGAC